UGCUGCAGCUCCAUCUGAACCCAUGAAACCGGCACCUCCACCUACCUAUGUUGAAGCUAUCAUCCCUGCAGUCCCACCAGUGGAGGUGGUUCAACCUCCACCUACUGUUGAACCUCCACCAGUUGAACCAAUAAUCCCACCCUAUCCUGAGGAUUCAGCUCCAGUUGAAGCUGUAGUUUCGCCUCCUCAAGUGGAGCCUGUAGCCCCACCUGCUCCAGUUGAAGAGGUGCCUCCAGUUGCGCCUCCAGCUGUUGAUUCGCCACCUCCAUGUGAACUGGUUCCACCUCCUCCAGAGCCAGUGACAGCUCCCUCUCCUGCCCCAGAGCUCAUGUUUGAAGAGCCCUACCCACCUUGUCACUGUGUGGAGCUGGCCGUCGUACCCGCUGAUGAACCUGUAAGUGAACCCUUCAUAGAGCCUGUAGCACCGCCUCCAUCUGCACCUUCUCCUUCUGAUCCAUCUCCAGCUCCUGAAGAGUUCACCCCCACCCUGCCUCUGCCCCCUGUCGUUGAGGAUGAAGUGCCCGCUGUCGCCUCAGUGCCCCCACCUGCUGCAGCAGCAGCCUUGCCCAUCUCUCCUGAAGUGGUGGAGGAAGAGCUGAGGCAGAAGAUCAAAGGGGAGAUGCAGAGAAGUCUGGAGGAGGAGAUCAACCUGAGGAGGCAGGAGCUGCAGCGACAGCUGGAGGAGAUGAGGGCUCAGGCUCAGGCAGAGGCCAAGGCGGCAGCCCAGGCUCAGGUGGACGAGCAGGUGAAGAAGACGCUGGAGGCGGAGAAAGCGGCGCACAUGGAGAAGCUGACAGACGCCAUCAUGAAGGAGCGUAUGAAGACAGAGGAUGAGAAGCUCAUGGUGCAGCUUUAUUGGAUGGAGCUGAAGGCUUAUCAGUUGGAGGAGAAGGAGAAAGAGUUAAAGAAACGAGAAGUUCUCUACAAGAAACAUGUUGCAAAACUUGAAACAAAGUGUACCGAGUUUUACAAAGGGACUGCUGAGAGCUUCCAGAAGGGCAAAGAGGAGACACACAACCGUUUUGCGCGUGUCAGUAUCCGGCCAGUGUGUGGAGACCUGCAGAGUCAGAUUUUAAAAUGCUACAAGGAGAACACAGGAAAGACUCUGUCCUGCUCCAGUAUUGCCUCGGCCUACAUGCAGUGUGUGGACAACGCCAAGAAAAAUAAAGUGAGCACUGGAGGUUAAUGUGGACCACUUGAUGAGGAUGUCCGUACAUCUGGCAGAUUUACUGCUGAAGGGAAGAAAACAAACAGAUGAGUUACAUAGGACGGAGUUCACAUGUAUCUAGAAGAAGUGCCAUAUAUCCUCAGACUGACUUUUCUGAUGCAGGCCAGUAAUCUGCCUGGUACAGGUGUCACAAAAACACACAGUUUAGCUUUAAGUAACACUUCAUGUCUGCAACCUCUCGGGAUCAUCCUGAAACCAAAUGUGCCAAUACCACAACAAUAACAGGAAGAUAUUUUCAAGCAUCUGUUUUUGUUAAUUACGCACAACAUAACAAAGGAGAUAUAAGAUUCAAGUUUGUCACAGAUGGUUUUCAUUUUGUCACCAGUUUGAGUCCAAGGAAGGUGUUUGUAUGAGAUAUAAGCUGAAUGUGAGCCUGGUUAAUUAAUAUGUACGUGUGCCUUGACGUUAGGAGAGCUGAUUAUGAGAUUGCAGAUGGAUGAGAGAACUGCAGAGUGUCUUACUUGUUAAAGGUUAUUGAACUGUACAUAAAUUAUUUCAGGGAGUUUUCACCUUCAACAUAUCUUCCUCAAAGUUUGGUGCAUGCACAAACGCACACGAAUCAA